AUGUCUGAUCCCCCCAAGUCUCUGUUCGGCGACGGCGGCAAGAUCAUUGUGCCCAUGCCGAAGGGCAAAGCGAGUGUCGCGAGCGAGCCAGCUAUCACCGGAGUCAACACCGAGAAGAGGUUUACCUUGAGUCAGCCAGAUGACAAAGAUGUCAAAGAUGCCGCCGCGGCUACCAACACUGCCAAACUUGAGGGCAAGUUAGCUUCUAUCGGCAUUGGCCCCAAUCCGUGCUACCAGCCUGCUAGCAAGGUCUUCCGAUCCCACAGUGACAAGCCUCGCAACGCUACUAGCUGCUUCAAGUUUCUGCCCAACGAGGUUGUUGGCGAGAUCGGCAGUGAACUAAACGUCCGCGAUCUGAACAGCAUGCGUCUAGCAAGCAUGCGACUCAACUAUGCGGUCAACUUCCAGUACGGUAAGAAGAUCAUGGUGACAGAAAACGUUACCAUCUUUCCUACCUUCUCAAGCAUUGCUUCAUUCUUGGUUGGUCUUGGUUUGGAUGACGCAUAUCCUGCUACGGUGCGCACCAUCACUUUGGUCGGAGAAGCACCCAAGACACCAGAGUUGAGCUACGACAUAUCAUGGAUUAAUCUGCUGCGCGCCCACCCGGAUCCGAAUCGCCAGAUCGUACCUCUUACGCGCCUGAACCGCGCGACGCUGAACUCAAGCGAGUACAUCGAGGCUCAGAAGGUCCGUGACACCGAUCGACGCAUCGUCUUGUCUGUCAACGACAAGCACGAAGAGUGGGACUACAUCAACAAAGACUUCUGUCACACUGGCGGCUACCGUACGAUGCUCAGCGUUAUGCUCUCCAAGCUCCCUAAUCUGAAGACCAUCACCACUCGCAAGCUCCACGUAGGUGAGCACAUUCCUGGUUGGGAGGGACCCGAGGCCUUGAAGCACCUGUCCUACUAUCGCCCUGAUCUCCCCAUCAACAAGGUCUACUAUGGCGACUGGCAGUACGAUACCGUCCACAAGCGCACCACCAUGUACACCGAUGAGUACGGCGAGUACAUCGAGGAGGCUAACGCUGGUCCCCAAGCUGGUUUCAAGGAAGAUGUCCUUGCCGCUAUGGAGAUGUCUGGUACCUCGGCUAUGCUUGCAUAG